GAUCGCUUGACGAUCCGUUCGACGUUCACGGCAACCUCGUGUUUCCCGCUAUUUCGGAAAUUCGAUUUUUCUCUAUUCAAAAUCCUCACGUAUAUUUUAAAUGGAACGAUUAUUUUUUUUCAUAUUAUUCCAUCCUUCGGGCUCGUUCUGACUCUUUCUUUUCUUCUUUGUUCUCUAUCCAUCCUUAAAUUAAGAACAUCAUGAAAAUCGGUCCUCUCAUAAACGGCGAUAAUGAAGGUCCAAUCGACAUUCGCUUUUCGAGAAUGACGUGAAAAGUUAUGGCACAAGUGUAUAAAAAAAUUUCAUCCCCAAAUAAAAAUUCAUUCCUUACGAAACAAUUUAUUAUAAAGCUAAGACGCAUUUCAAUGAAAUAAUGAAAACCAUGAAGUUUGUAAGAUGACGUUGAACGACGGAAAUUCUCCACCGUUUUUGGCACGUAGACGACUGAGAAACUCGCAAGAUUUUCGUUACGAAUAAUAAUUCAAGGUGAAAAAAAACACGCGUGCUAUACAAUCGUUUCGAAUUAAAGUUCGGUAUUGAACGAUUAUGUGAUUGUAACGAUCGCGUUGGAAGCUUUCGAAUCUCAGUAUUGGAUUUGUUGUUUAAUUCAAGUGAAAUCGAAGCUUUACUCCGAAUGCUGAUUGUCUUCUCGAACUUUAAUUAAAUGGAUAUUACUUCCGGAAAAAUACUAAUUUAUUUUCCGAUAUGAGAGAGUAAAGUCUUCGAAUGAUGCUCGAUCAAUGAAAAGUUUGAAACUCCUGACGUUGAUCGAGGUAGUAAAUUAAAAAAACUGACACAAUACGAGAAAAAACCUAAAAUCAUUUCGUAGUGACGAAAAUGAGGGAUUGAGCAUUUUUUUGAGCUGAAAGCUGCAAAACCAAGUGACACGAUGAACGUAUCAAUAAUUAGGUACGCGGUGAUCGUGCUCGCGAUAUCGUUCUCCAGUCACGUGACAAAAGCUUCCCGAACGAAAAGCAGCGAGUUGGAGGAGGAAGAUAAGAUCGCAUCUCGACAACAUGUCAAAUCAAAAGAAUUGCUGCGUCAUCAGCAACAGUUUCGUCCACACUUCAUAGACCGUCGGUUGACCUUGGAUUCCCGAAUUCAAAGUUACGCGAAUUUGAACGGAGAAACGGAGUCCUACGAUGAGGAGGUUUCAACGGAUUCUCGUUACAUCGAUAAUUUACAUAAUCUCGGUGAGGAGGAAAGUACUGAGAAACAUUCGGAUUACAAGGCUUCGCGCCGGAACGAGGAGCCGGAAACGAGUCUCGAUAAACCAUCGACUCUCAUAAGGCACGGUAGAUCGAGAGCUCAUUUCGCGAGAUCCUCGAAAAACGAGGAAUCCGGUGGCUCUUCUCGAACUUCCGGUGCAACCGGUAGCGACGCGAGAAUCGUUGUAACGACGAAAGAGCGUGAUUUCGCGACAUCGGAUUCUCGUUACGGUUUGGCCGACGAAACGACUUAUUUAAACUCGCAGCCUGGUGAAACUACGAUCGACAACAAUGUGACGGGAAAUGUUGAAAUUCUAGAUAUAAGCGUUGUUACGACAAAUGAAUUGACAGCUGAAAAGUCUGACUCGAAAAAGAAAAAUACGAAAAACAAAAAUCUCCUCGAUGAUAUUAACAUGGAAGCUGAAAACAGUCGCAAUCGGUCGUUCGAUCAUUCAAUAAUGAAGCAAUCGGAUUCACCUGGCCGCAUGAUAACGAGUAAAGACGUCGUAGCUCCGGAGCCAAUUUCCGACACCUCAAGAUUGAUGGAUUCAUUUGCAAAACUACGAAAAGUCGUGUCGGUCGACCGGAAUCGUGAAAAAUCUUCUCGGGACGAUGGAGCUUCGAAACGUUAUGAAAACGGGAGUGAUAAUCGAGGAACUUCCGGUUACGGGAUCGUUGUUCACAGCUUCGAAGAUGAUUCGACCGGGGAUGAGAUCGAAGAUCGUUCGCUGUUCGAAACUUCGACGAUUAUUGAUCGGGACAGCAAACGCGAGGACGAUCGUUAUCAGAGAGUGGAAAAUUCGUCGAUUGGUAAAUCAAGCGAUUAUGAGAAUGAGACAAACGAUUACCGCGAUUUGGGCGAUUUCGUGACCGAGCACGACAGUCGUGGAAAGUCUGAGCGAACUCAGAGCGUUCAAGUUGACAUUGUAACCCGUUUUUUGCGGAUCAUCGAAAACCAACACUUCCUGGGGGAAAAUUGCACCGCUGGAACUGAUCUGAAUCUCGGCGAAGGUGUCGUCGAUCAAUACGCCCAAGAACGCUUUCGCCUCGAAGCUAAUUUGGCUGUUAAUCGUGCAAACAUGCUCACUCGCUUGUGGAAAUACGCACCCGAAGUUAUGCUCUCCUCUGAGUACCUUUUACACGCCAGUAUCCUAUCGAUGGUCGAAUUUGACGAAGACAUUUUCGCAGCUGGAAACUGCUAUGACAAACUUCAGUAUCGUGACAGAUGGCUUUAUUGUCCCUUUGCUCAUAGACUCCAAGAUCAGGACGGUGUCCUCGUCAAAGAUCUCGCUGUUGAGUAUAAAUAUCUUAGCAACAGCAGCGAAUGGUUUUACAUCGCGAGGAAAAAUGCUGAACGAGUUAUCGCGAAUCACAAUCAGUUUAGUUAUGGCUACCAUACGUACACCCACAACGAGAGUGCUCACAGCAAUCGCAUAGAGGACGAAAUAUUGACGGUCAAAUAUGAAGAUGGACGUUGGUCAAAGCCGUACUACGAUUGCGGAGGUGGAAAUAUCUGGAUGCUCACGUACACUGUUCCAUUUUUCGGUUACGUAAACGACACGUAUUUUUUCAAAGGAACGAGUGGCAUUGAUAUAGAUCUUCGACGAGUGGACAUCGACCAAUGUCCUUUGCCACCGGGCUCAACACAAUUGAACAUUUUUGCAGCCAGUGACAAAUGCAAGAAUCGGACGACUGAGUGCGUCGCGACAACGGGCCUCGGAUUUCGACGCGGAAGUUAUCGAUGUGUGUGCAAACGAGGCUAUUAUUAUCCGGACACGAAAUCCAUCGAGAGAUAUUAUAACGGGACUGUAAUCGAGGAGGAAUAUGAGAAGCAAAUGCUGGGAGAAGAAAGCCAAUACAACCAAGAGGGAGUUUUCGAGUGUCUUCCUUGCGCGGAGGGUUGUGAAUCUUGCGAAGAUGGCUCACCCUGUGUCGUCUCGCUCAAUUGGCUCAUGAGAACUGCAAUUCUUAUACUCGAGUGCUGCAUCAUAGCCUGUCUUCCUGUAGUCGUACUAUUUACUUGGAAAUACGGGAACGUCAAAGUCGUGAGAGCAGCAAGCCCUGUUCUUCUCCGAGUUAUCGUUCUGGGAGCAUUUUUCAUUUAUUCGACCACCAUCGUAAUGUACCCGAGACCAAAUGUGGUGAGCUGCACAAUACGAGUAUGGCUGCGGGAAAUUGGAUUUUCUCUGACUUACGGUGCUCUCAUGCUGAAAACCUGGCGAAUAUCCGUGAUUUUCCGAGUCAAGUCGGCCAAAGCUGUCAAAAUAACGGACAUGAACCUCCUUAAAAGACUCGGAAUAAUCGUCACGAUAUUUACAGUUUUUCUUGGGAUUAGGACACUGGUUGCACCCCCCGUUGUCAUCGUUGGACGCACAGCUGAUGACCUUAAAGCUUAUCUCUGUCGAACCGAUUGGUGGGAUCACAGUUUCACAACGCUGGAGGUAAUGUUUCUUGUAUGGGGAAUACGACUGUGCAUAGUCGUUCGUAAAGCACCGUCCGAAUUCAACGAAAGCCGUUUUAUUUCCAUGGCAAUAUACAACGAAUUUCUUCUCUCCGUUUUCCUCAACGUAUCCAUGUUUUUCUUACAAUCCCCAGCGAAUCCAGACUUACUGUACAUCAUAUUUUUCUGUCACACCCAACUUACCGUCACUCUUCUUCUGUGCCUCAUAUUUGGUAGCAAAGCAUACGUCGUUUUCCGAGGAGGCGGAAAGGAGGACGCGGUUGGCAAGCUCCAAGGAACGGGAAAAUUUAUCGGAAAAACGUGCCGGACGCAAGGCACGAGCAACCAGACCAACUCGAUUUCCCUGCAACAGGGAAACUUCACCGAAGAAGCCGAUGGCGUUACGGAGGAAUUUCGUCGGUUAUACGCGCAGCUGGAAUUGCUGAAAGAGAAAAAUAUGCGUUUGGGGAAUCGUCAUUUGGCGACGAAGAUACAAGCGAUGCAGGAGGCAGCAGGGCGUGCGGAGACUCAGAUAUCUACGAUUCAGGCAAUAUCAUCGAGUCUUCGUUUAUCGUCAGAAAAAACGAGUUCGUUGAUAGAGGAGACGGAGGUAUCGACAUUUAAAGAAGAAAAAUCGCCGGAUAUUUAUCAUCAGGAAAAGGAUCAUCUCGAAGAUUCAACGAGAAACAAAGGAGGGAAAAAGAAAUCACUGGAAACGACGUCGACGACGACGACGAAGAACGUGAUGAAUUGUAAAACACGUCCGAGCACACAAAUGGAAGAAAAUAAAAAUAAUAGUACGAAGGAUAAGACGAUUGAGGAUUCCACGGUUUCCGAGAUCUCCGAGACUUCCGAGGACAAGGAAGAUAAGGAGUUGUUUGUGAGUAGACGAAUGGGCGAUAAGCCGAUUCACGAAAUCGCGCUUGAAAAUACCCUGGCUGUUGUCGAUUUGUGUAGUGGUAAAAAUUUUAAAAAUUCAACCAACACCGAGAACGGAGAGGCUUCCGGAAUCAUUGAAAAUUCAACAAACAACAAAGAUGCAAUGCCUGGUACAUCGAGCAGCGGUACAAGUACGUCGAAAGAAAGGGCCAAAAACAAAUCAGGACAUGCGCGUACUCACGCGAUUGUUAUCAAUUUGGAUGACAAAAGCCGAUUUUCCGAAGAAGUCACAGUUUAAAGUGGCUCCAAUCAUUCCACGUUUUAUUCUUUCUGUAAUAAACUUUAACGAAAAAUGCUUUUUAACUCCCUUCUAUUGGGAGGGGUUCAAUUAGCCCGAGAAAAAGUACGAAAAAAAUGGUGGCUGCUGAUUACUCAAGACGAAUUAUUAUCAACGAUAUCGAAACGUAUUUUUAACGGGACGGGAAAACAUUCUCAUUCGAGUCUCGAGGUGUUCCUGAGUGUAGCAUAUUGAAUGCAAUACCAUUUAUUGAGUGCGAGGAUAAUCAGGGUACACUCGGCCAUAUUUCAGUACUAUUUGUAAAUAUUUUGUUCGAAUUAAAGAAAAAACAUAACGAGAAAAUCGACUGAAGAAUUUUUCGACUUUUCUUCAACAAUGAAAGAAUCGUUGAAACUGUUUCAUGCUCCUUGAUAUUAUUGAGAAAAAUUUAUUAUUUUCGUUGUGACCUAAAAUAAUAGUGAAAUACUGAAAUAUUCUCCGUUUGUUCCUCGAGUACAGGACGAUAAAUAGUUGAUUGGUAAAAAUAUUCAUGUGGAUAAUAAAAGAGAUCUUGAUUGAAACGAGUCGUUUGAACGAGAGCAAAAACAAUCCAAGUAUUAAUUAAUAAAAUUUCUCUAGAGCUAUUGAAUUUUUCAAAUAUUAUCUGUGAAUUUGAGAGAGGUCAAAUUCGAAUUAUUGGAUUUUAAAUUUUGCCUCAAUUGCUGCCGAAUACACAGAGUCAAAGAGGGAAAAAAAUUUGCAUCUCGUGCUCGAUGAUGCCGAGAGAGAAAAAUGAUGAAAAAUAAUUGUAAAUACGUAGCUGCUUAGGAAAGUCCUAGAAAAUUCCAGCCAAUGUAUUAUUUUUUUUUAGCGAUUCUGUUUUCCUUGAAUAAUCGCUGCGUAAUGCUUCAUUGUAUAGAUGUGUAAAUAACACGCGUUAUCACUUAAGUCGCAAAUGCAUUUGAAUAAAACUAAACAGAUUCAAUUCAAUCAUCGACACACAGAGUAAUGAAUUUAAGAGAAAACAAAAAAGUUAAGACCGCAUUUUCCGUCUCGCGUUCUCGACGAGAAUUGUGUAAAUAUAUGUUACAAAUAAAUUACAUAAUUAUUACGAUUAUUCAAAGUUUAAGACUCCUUCGUGUAAAUAGUAAGUUAAAUUGUGCGUAAGGAAGAUAAAUUAAAAUAAAAGAAGAACAAUGACUAUAUGAUACGUUAAAAAAAUAUGUAUAAAUACACAAAAAAUAUAUACACACGUUUCGAACACU